AUGCUUCGUAAAUCGUUCUUGCCCAUUUUAUUGUUGCUCUGCGUUGUGUGUGAUGGAAAGCGCAGAUGGAAUUACGAACCCAUCUCGGUGGAUCCGAAUACAUCGGAUUCAAAUAAGCUGGAUAUCGAUGUACGGAUUAAGAGGAUGCCACGAGGUGAAUUUGCUUAUGAUGGACAUGUCAACUUUAACUAUGACGUGGGCGAUGAUACAAUGAUUGAGUGCACGGCUUUUCGGAGCGUUUCGGGCAGGGAAGAGGAUUACACUGCACUGCCUUGGGGCAUCCCAAAGCAGAUAUAUACGAAAUUUAUCAAAGACUUUUACCAAGAUUUGAUAUUUAAGAAUUUUCACAGCUGUUCGAAUCUGCCAACGCCGGAUAAUGUGCUUCCAUUUAAAAGAGACAACUAUUCAUUUGUGGAGUGUGUGGUUAACGGCGACGGAUUGCCCGAUAUAGUGCCACAAGGCUACUAUAAAAUCGUGGCAACAGUUACCGGAGAGGUUGAAUUUGGCUUCGUGACUAUCUCUAGGAUAACCGAUAAAUUUAUGCCCUAAAAAGUGUAACUUUACUGCCCUAGUUGGAAUAUAUAUAUUGUUUUUGAAGUUAGA